AAGUGAGGGGAUCCCAAAAGUGAGUUGAACUGUUUCGAAUCGCCGGCUCCCCAACCCAAUCCUCCAGCUGCGGAAUGGCGGCGGCGGAGCCGUGCUGCAUCUCGCACGCGUUCGAGCGCGCCACUCGCCAGGAACCCGGCCGCCUCGCCGUCAUCCACGCAGCGGCCUCGGGCGCCGACAGCGAGGAGCGCCGCUUCACUUGCGGCGACCUCCUCGCCGCCGUCGGCUCCCUCUCCCGCCGCAUCGCCGCCGCGCUCGGCAGCACCGCCACCGAUACCCGCCGCGACCGCGAGCAAGGCUCAGGGUUUCGGGCCGCCGGCGCCGUAGUGCCGAGGGUUGUCGGGGUAUACGCCUCGCCAUCGUUGGAGUACGUCGCCGCCGUCCUCGCGGUGCUCAGGUGCGGCGCGGCGUUCCUCCCGCUCGACCCGUCGUGGCCGGAGGAGAGGGUCUCGUGGGCUAUCUCGGCGUCCAACGCGGCGCUCGUCGUGUCUUCAGUUGGGUCGCGAGGAGCCACGCUGUUUGAGAGCAGCGCCUGCCCUGUUCUGCGCUUUUAUGGUGGCAUCCGGCGGCGAUUUCGGGAUGGAAAUGGCGGGGAUGACGGGGAGGAGCUUGUCUGGCCGUGCGAGCACGAGUGGCACCGCAAGUUCUGCUACGUGAUGUUCACCUCUGGUUCUACCGGAAAACCGAAGGGUGUUUGCGGCACUGAGAAAGGUCUUCUGAAUCGUUUUUUGUGGAUGCAAAGAAGGAAUCCUCUGUGUUCAGAUGAUGUUUUGUUGUUUAAGACAUCUGUCAGCUUUGUUGACCAUCUACAGGAGUUCCUUUCUGCGGUCUUGACUUGCUCAACACUUGUCAUUCCUCCCAGUGAGUGGAGAGCUAAUCCAGCAUCCUUGGCCAACUUAAUUAAGGUUUAUCGGAUAUCAAGGAUGACAUUGGUUCCAUCACUUAUGGAGAUAAUACUACCUACCCUGGCGGAAAAACUUUCUGAUGGCUGUAACCCACUUAAGAUCCUAAUAUUUAGUGGGGAAGUUCUGUCUGUAUCGCUGUGGAAGAGAGUCUAUGAAUUUCUGCCAGAGGCUACUAUCAUAAAUCUGUAUGGAACAACAGAGGUUUCCGGUGACUGUGCAUUCUUUGAUUGCAAAAAAUUGCCUACAAUUUUGGAGCAAGAAGAACUAAACAGUGUACCAAUUGGGUUUCCUAUUUCAAAUUGUGAGGUUUCUCUUGUCACCAAUGAUGGACUAUCAGAUGAAGGUGAAAUCUCUGUCAGUGGAGCAUGCUUGUUUACUGGAUAUUUAGCUGAUCCCAUGACAAGUAACUGCCCUGAAGGCAGUGAAGUUUUAGCAUACUACAGAACAGGUGACUUUGCCCGGCGCCUAAAGACAGGCGAACUUAUUUUCCUUGGAAGAAAGGACCGAAUUGUUAAAAUUUAUGGGCACCGUUUCUCACUUGAGGAGGUAGAAUCCACAUUGAGGGAUCAUCCUGAUGUCAGUGACGCUGCUGUUACUUUUCAAAGUAAUGGAUCUCUGGAUUUUAAGGCAUACUUGGUGCUGAGGAGUAAUAAUAAAUUUCUUAAAUGUACUCAGGGUUAUAGUGGAUUACAUUCUUCCCGAGAUAUCAUUGCACCACUUCGAAACUGGCUCAUCAUGAAGUUUCCACUAGCUAUGGUCCCAAGGCUUUUUAUCCCCAUGAAAUCAUUACCUUUGACUUUGUCAGGAAAGAUUGACUAUGUCAAGUUAUCUAGCUUGGUUUGUGCAUUUGAGCCUUGUGAAAUUCAUCCAGAAAGCAGUCCAGCUGAUCCUCAUAUGCAAGUUAUCAAAAAGGCAUUUUCUGAUGCCCUACUGGUUCAUGAAGUGUCUGAGUAUGAUGAUUUCUUCUCCUUGGGUGGUAACUCAAUUACUGCAGCACAUGUGGCCCACAAAUUGGAGAUUGACAUGAGAUUACUUUAUAUUUAUACCACCCCUUCUAAACUUUUUCAUGGUUUACUUGGGGAACACAGUCAUGUAAUUCCUCCAACUCCUGAAUUUCACAACAGAAAGAAGUUGAGAAAAUAUGCAAGCAUAUCAGAUUCCUUUGGCCCAGUUUCUGAAUAUUUGGACAGUAACUUUCAUGACCAAGGGCAGAUAAGUAAAGAGGGUGCAUACGAUCACUUUGCAGGGAAUCAUGUAAGUGAUAUAGAUGGCCAGCUUAGCAAAAGUAGGACUUACAAUACAUACCAAGCAAAAAACCUGUGCCCUGAUACAUGCUCAAAUGAUGAAAUUUUCAGUGGCAGACCAUGGAUACUAAAUUUUCACUUACAAAAGGUGUGGUCUAUUGGCCGUUGCAAUAGAUUUAUGCAUGGUUCUGAAGGGAUGGUACACCUUGAAGAUAUUUGUUCAUAUGUUCCAUAUAACAAAAAGGGUUACCUCGUGAAAAUUUGGAGCAUUCUUCUAGAUUCAUGUGUUGAUGCCUCACCUUUGCUUGUCAUAAACAAUGGAAUGAUGUCCAUCUUUAUUGGUUCUCAUUCAUAUUUGUUUCUUUGCAUUGAUGGUUAUAGUGGUUCAGUGAGGUGGAGUGUCAAAUUGGAAGGCCGUAUCGAGUGUUCUGCCGCUAUAACUGGUGAUUUCUCAGAGGUUGUUGUUGGAUGCUAUAAAGGGAAAAUUUACUUCCUUGAUAUGUCUACGGGAAAAUUAUCCUGGACCUUUCAAACUGAUGGGGAGGUAAAAAUGCAACCAGUUGUGGACAAGAUGAGGAAUUUAAUAUGGUGUGGCUCGUAUGACCAUUACUUGUAUGCGUUAAAUUACAAAGAUCGCUGCUGCACAUACAAAGUUUUUUGUGGUGGAAGCAUUUAUGGAUCUCCUGCUAUUGACAUGGCACAAAAUGUAAUCUAUGUCGCAUCUACGAGUGGCCUUGUGACUGCAGUAUCAUUUAAGGAACCAUCCUUCAGAGUUCUUUGGCAAUAUGAAGCUGGUGCGCCAAUUUUUGGUUCUCUCGCCAUAGAUCAUCAAAGUGGAACAGUUAUUUGUUGUUUAGUGAAUGGCCUAGUUAUGACAUUGAACUCACAAGGUUCUGUUGUUUGGAAGGCAACUGUUGGUGGUCCUAUUUUUGCUGGUGCAUGUUUGUCACCCACCCUCCCUCAUCAGGUGCUUAUACCUUCCCGUGAUGGCAACUUGUACUCUUUUGAUACUGUGUCUGGUGCCCUUCUUUGGGUAUACAAGGCUGGGGAUCCAAUUACUGCAUCCACUUUUGUUGAUGAGCUGUUAACAUCAGUGUCAUUUGGACCAUCUGAGAGAUUUGCUUGUAUCUGCACGAGUUCCGGGAAGGUCCAUGUCAUCAGAAUUAGAGUAGACAUCAGAACUAGAGUAGAUGCUAAGUACAAUCAGGAGCAAGGUGGUGACGGUGUUAAAUCUGAGGAGUUAGUUCAAGGACUGGAUGCUAAGUACAAUCAGGAGCAAGCUGGUGAAGGUGCUAAAUCUGAGGAGUUAGUUCAAGGACUGGCAUCCAUUGAUCUUCCGGGGGACAUAUUUUCGUCUCCCUUGAUGGUUGGUGGACGCAUCUUUGUUGGAUGCCGAGAUGAUCGAUUACAUUGUCUCACCGUCACCACAUAGUUUCAAGUGAUUUUGCUGGAGGUGAUAUAGUUUUGCCCAUGCCUGCUGCCCGACAACCUCUCUUCCGCGACAAGGGCCUUUGGCCUUUCCUAUUGGUAAGGUGCGUGGCAGGCUGGCAGCACAACACAGGCCACGAAUGAGUUUGGUUGAAGCUCCUGAUUGCAUUUGGUGAUUUGGGUCUCCAAUGAUUGCUUUCCAUGUCUACACAAGAAGCUUUCCACAGCCUGCUCUCGCCUAAGCAAGUGCUACUUGAUGUCUUGAUCAAAGUGAGUGGAAACCUCUCAACCUCACAUUCUCCUUGCAGCAUCUGUAUUCAGCCCAUGUGGAACCUUUGCCACUGUCCUGCAAGGCUGGUCAGUCAUGCCGCUGUUCCCUUCAGUGGAAAUUAACUGAUAGGAAGACCAGUGAUUUGCGGAGACUGUAAAAAUUGUUCCACAUAGAUCUAUACUAUUUCCUAAAAGGAGUUUAUGACAGGGACAAUAUUCUCCAAGAAAUGGUUCGAGUCGAUCCAGCUUCCUGCACCAGAAAUGUACUAGUCUCUAGGAGUAGAAGUUUUUUCUUUGCAUUAGGUUUCAUGUUUUUUUACUUACCUUGCAUGCUUCCAGAACUCUCGCUGGGAAUGCACACAUUUUUCAUUUCCUUUGGCUAUUAGUAGGGAUGCCAAUGGAGAAUUCCCCGUCGGGUUUUGGCUCCACUAUAGAAAACGAUCCCCGCGGGGAUCCCUACGAACUCUUCCUAAUUCCCCGUUCUCUCGCGGGGAUAAAUUCCCGUCGGGGAUCUCUGUCCCCGUUUAAAUUAUAAUCAUGAUAUACUUUUUUUUGUUAUGAAUACAAAAUAUUGUCACUUGUAUAUAUUGUCAGAUGUUAGAAAUCAUUAUGUAUACAUCAAAAUAAAUAUAUUUGUAUAACGAGUGAUAUCUUAACAAUGUGAUUAUUUAUUUUUAUCAUUAUGUAUUAUAUGAAAACAUCAUUAUAUAUAAUUUUAACGGUUCCCGCGGGGUACGGAGACUGUCCCCGUUUACCAGUUGAGGGAGGAAUUUUUCCUGUUUAUAUCUCCAUGGUGGAGAACUUUUCCUAUCCCUUAAUGGAGGAAUUCCCCGCGGGAAAUUGGGAAUUUAGGUCAUUGCCAUCUCUAGUUAUUAGUCAAGUGAAAAAUAUAUUGGAGAUGUUCCAAUUUAUAUCCCUUAACUAUCGAAUCUGUUGUUUUUUUCCCGAAGGACAGCUGCACAUCUUUAUAAUAUUAGAGAAGGUAAAGAAAAUCUUACAAAAGAGGAGGCUCUGUUAGACAAGGACCUUUUCCACCUACACAAAAAAUAAAGGGAAAUUUGGAUCCAUACCAUUAAAAGAUCACCACUUUGGAUCCAUACCAUUACUAUCUCACUUACAUGUGGGUCCACAUGAGUCAAUGACAUGUGGGGUCUAUGGUAUAUAUCUAAAGUUUGGAUCUUUUAAUGGUAUAGAUCCAAUUGUUCCAAAAAUAAAGAAAAGAAGUUUAGAUAUCAGAUAAAGAAAAAUUGUUAUUUUAGUCCUUCUAAUGUGGGCUCUCUGCUAUUAUGUGACUCUCUGUCUAUGACUUGUGGGAUCAUUUGUGUCUAUAAUUUGUGGGCCUGGUGGUAAAAUAAAGAAGUCCACAACUGAAAGUGACAAAAUAGCAAAUUUUCCGAUGAUGACAAGCUGACCCCAUUAAUUUUUUCUGCUAUUCCUAAGCUGCCUAGGUGUCGAGUUUUUGCUAGCCCCCAACAGCUCAGCUCUUGUAAGAAGCCCUGCCCCGUCAAAGAUACUUCGAUUUUGCUGCAGCCAAAGACCAAAGUGUCGCGGAUUACAGGACUGAUAAAACCCUUUCUUAACUCUUUAUAAAGAUCUCUACACGCCUUUCUCUACGCCUCAGCAUUUGGUACUAGGUGCCCAAAACAGAAGGGGACAAAUUGCCGAACAAACACAACUGGUAAGAAAGGUGUUGAACCGUUUUUUUUGGGUCGCAAAGAGGGUUAGGGUGAUCGAGUCCUCUUUUCUCCGACCUAUAUGUUGUCCAACAUUUUAUUUCUACUUUAACCAAAGAAAAGUUUUGUAUUUUGGUGGUGUCCAUGAUUUCCAUAGCCUCUUCCAAGGUUUAAAAACAAGCUUUAUAGCAAGAUUUGGAAGAGAAGCUCCUCAAUGUCUCAUGCCUCCAAAAAUGGAUAUCAUUCUCCAAGAUAAGGAUCACUUCUUCCAAGGUGCCUCAGAUAAGAAGAUAUUGUUGAAUGCCAACUAAAAUUAUCUCCAACAGCUUAUUCAUUUCUAUCCUUAUAUUCAAACUCCACUUUGUAAACAGUGUAAUGUAUAAUACUCCCUCCGUCCCAGUAUAUAUGGCGUAAUUAUCUCU